GUUAUCUACCAAGGUGAAAUGGCUGCCGUACCUCUCCAUGGUUAAUUUCCGGCCCCUGUUGCACUACAGCAAUCUUGUGUCUGCUUGGAUAAAUACAACUGGAAUCAGACCAGGUUCCUUCGUCAAUGAUCUGGCGACAGCACAUCAGCAUGGCUUUAGAUUUACUACAAGUAUCGCCGCAAGGCAUCUCCUACAUCUGUCUUGGUGGGUUUAUAGUGUUGUUCUCGCUUGUGUCCCUUCUAAUCAAAGAGAAGCUUUAUGUCAAUGAAGUCGUCCUAGGAACCGGCUUCGGGAUUAUUCUUGGUCCUUGCGUUACCAACAUCUUCGCACCCCGUUCGUGGGGAUUUUUGAAUGAUACCAUAACGCUAGAGGUCAUGCGCAUCGUUCUUGUAAUCGGCUUAUUCGCAGCUGGAGUCGAAUUACCACGUGCAUAUAUGAGAAGGCACGCCAAGGGCUUACUCGUAAUGGUUGUGCCAACCAUGGCGUUUGGCUGGGUUGUAGUGGCUGCGGUCAUACAUGCGUUGUUCCCGAAACUCGAUUACAUCUCAGCCCUUUGUAUCGCUGCUUGUUUGACCCCUACGGACCCGGUGACAUGUGCUGCCAUCACACAUGGUAAAUUUGCCCAUCAACAUGUUCGCGAGGAUAUCCGCCACAUCUUGUUGGCUGAGGCCGCAGCCAAUGAUGGCCUUGCCUACCCUUUUCUUGCAAUAUCCAUAUACCUCACUAUAGAGGCGUCCAUUCAAACUGCAAUCGGCAAGUGGUUUUUGGUGGGAUGGCUAUACCAGGUCGUUUUUGGCACCGUUUUGGGAGCUGUUCUAGGAUUUCUGUUCUCCAAGCUGAUGAAGAAAUCUCAUGAUCAGGACUUUAUAGAUCGUAAAUCGUACAUCAUUCAGUACCUGGCUCUCUCUAUCUUUACUAUGGGAGUUGCGAACACUAUUGGCACGGAUGAUCUUCUUGCAGCAUUUGCAGCAGGCUGUGCAAUAUCCUGGGAUGGGCACUUCCAUGAACAGACAAGACAUGAUGAUUUCUCUUCUGUCAUAGAUUGUGUUCUGAAUUGUUGCUGUUUCAUCUACAUUGGUGCUUGGCUACCUUUUCACGCCUACAACUCUCCCGAGUAUGGCAUCACGCCGUGGAAGCUUGUCCUUCUUGUGAUCGCUAUCAUGGUAUUGAGGCGAAUUCCAUUUUUAAUGGUGGUAUACAAGUUUGUUCCCGAGAUCGUAUGUUGGCGGGAAGCUCUAUUCUCUGGGCACUUCGGUCCAAUGGGAGUCAGCGCAGUCUUCGUGUCUACCCUAGCUCUCAAACAUUUACCCACUCCGGAAAACCCGCCUGUGAAUCAAGCACAGUACCUCGCCACAACUAUUCAGCCUAUAGUGUCCUUUGUUGUCCUUGGUUCUAUCAUCGUUCAUGGUUUGUCCAUGCCGCUCUUCAGUGUGAUCAGUCGUGUCGCACUCUCCCAUGACUUCGUUAAGCAAGACUUUGUUGAGCAAGACUUUGCUAAGCAAGACAUUGAACAACUAUAGUCAUGUUGCGGGCCCAGUAUGUUAGGUGGUCUCCGGAUACCAGCAUUUUUUCCCUCUGUUUAUACAUACAAUACAGCAUCCAUGACGAGUCUCGAUGUUUAUUUUGACCUACACCAUAUGACUACCUUCGCGACUUGCUAUUUAGCUAUUGUAUUCCACCCCUUCCGUUUCCCUUGCAACAGGCCCCUAGAUUGUGCUCUCAAAGGACAGAAAUGGAAAUAAUAAUGAAUUUUUCCC